AUGGCAACAUUAGAUGGGUUUCCAGCCAGUUUCUAUGGUGAACCAGGAGUGUUAGGGAUAUUAGCCAAUGGGAUCAGUGCAUUCAUCGUACUUCUACAGAACUUUAAUACAGCACACACUGGCAAAGCACCAGUGGGAGUGGAGAACAUACUUGCAGGUGUUCAUCUCAUCCUGAUUGGUGGUCUAAGCCAACUGGUGGCCGGACUGCUAUCCUUUAGAAAAUAUGAUCAUCUGAGUGCCACUUCCUUCAUUGGCUAUGCUGCUUUGUGGGGCAGUUAUGGUGCCACCCGAAUCUACUUUGGUGCCUUAGAUGACACUCCUUCAGCAGCGAUGAACAAUUUGUCUACUGACAUAAUAAGCAACACAUCUUCAAAUGCCACCACUGAGAUCCCAGUUUGCUAUUUAUGCCUUUCUGUAAGCGAGUCAGCAAUUGCUGGUCUGGUUCCCUAUAUCCUUCUGUCCUUCCUCCUAGCCUUCUGCUCUGCCACAGUCAACUAUAUCAUGCCUUUUGUCUUUGGGGCCAUCACAGCCACCUUAGUCUUUGAAGCAGUGGCUCUGGUGGCAAGCGACUGGGCUCGUGUGGUUUCUGGUAUUCUGGAGUUGCUCAUUCUGAUUUUUGCCAUCUAUGGUUCAGCUGCACUGCUUGUCAAAGGUCUGACUCAACGUUUAGUCCUCAAAGGCUUUGGUACACCCCUGUUUAAUGUUCUCCUGCUAGGAACCACCAACUCAACAAAUGCCCAGAGCAUUGGCCAAGAAAAGAAGAAAAACACAAAAUAUGCAGAGCCCAUGGCCUUGGGUUUCUUCUGUGACACUAUUGCCUCCUUCAUCUUUGCUUUUUACAGCUUUGGCUACAUGAAGUCCUUUGGGUUAGGAUCUGCAUGGGUUUCAAUCAUCAUAGCUGCCCAGUUGCUCUCCAGCUACUAUGCCCUACUGCGCCAAGACUGCUACUACACCACAAAGUUUGGUCUUCAUGCCACAUACUGUUGUGGAAGAUGUUAG